AUGUAUUUCAAUGGCAAUGAAAAGGGGAUCAACAACAACGGUCUCAUCUACAGCAGCGUGGAAAAGGUACACAUAGCAGAUUUGAGAGAAGCUGCUACGGAAAAUGGAGGGCAGAUAGAUUACCUGCAUUUUCUGAGCAAAAAAAAACGACUUAAUAAGUUGGAGAGGCUGAUAAACAAUCACGUUGUAAACACGCAAGUAGUAGUGACAAAUUUUGCAGAUGAUGCGGACGAAGUUAUAAACUAUGAGUACAUGCACCAAAGUGUGUGGAGAAAUAAAAUAUGCUUUCUUUUAAGAAAUGUUUAUUUAUCAAGUUUCUUUUCAAAUGAGUACGCAAAUAAUAUUGUUAAGGAACAUCAGCCAAGGGUAAUCUCCAUCAACUGCAAAUAUGACAAUCAAAUAUACAUGAGCGGCAGAUGCGUAUAUCUGUGCGUUAACGAUUUGACAAAAUUGAGGUUAACUUCCCAUAGGAAUGUGCACAGAGAUAGAUUCAAAGUGAAGAAUAUAGUACUUCUAGACAUAUGUAGCGGGGGGAAGACGAAACCAAGGGGGGGUAAGAGUGGGGAAGCUGGCAAUGGGAAGGCUCCUAACGGGGAUGCGGGAAAUGGCGUUUUCCCCGGAGGUCAAUCAUCUAAUGGGGGUUCCAAAUUGUUGGAAAAAUAUAGGCAGUUUUUUACAGACAUGUACACAUACCCCGUGGACUUGGUCGGUUUAUACAACUAUGGAACUGACCACGAAAAAUUUAGUGAAAAAUUAAAAAAUGUAUUAACCCUUAACGGGUCGAAGGAUGCGGAAAUUUAUGCAGUCCCAGUUAAAUGGCAUGAAUGUACUUACGAUGCUAGUGGGAAGAACGCAGCUUCGAAAACAACAAGGGGAGAUGGUCAACUUUCCAACCCCUUGUUUUCUAUGGACCAGAACUGCAACUCUCCUAACAAUGAAAUGGACAGAUUAUCUGAUACUUUUAAUAUGGAUAACGUAGCGAAUAUUUACAGUAGCAUUUUUUCUAACUCCUCUGUAAAGGGGGCGGGGACACAUGUGAACAGUUUGAUUAAUAUGUAUAACAUGUACGGGGGUGAGGGCGGUGGUCUAGAUGUGAUGGUACAUCCCAACGAUGCGAUACACAAUGAGUUUCCACAGGGAGGAGGAAUAAAACCCGUAGGAAUGAUAAACCAAUUCAAUUAUUUGGAUAUACAAAGGAGAGAGAAGAUCGGCCAGGUACACCCCGUCUAUGAACUCGAUGCAGGCUACAUAGAAAGGGAGUUCCUUUCCGACCUCACCCAGGAUGGGAAAAUCAUACGCCAAGGGAACAACACGUGUGGCGCGCAGCACAUUGACGCUAAAUAUAGUAUGCCCCGAAAGGAGAAUGACAUGGUGGACCUGCACGACCUGCUAGCGAGAAGUAAAGAAAACAAAAAGAAAAAAACAUUCUCCCUUCAUGAUAAAAGGUUUUACAUUAACUACGAUUCGGGAAACAGCAGUGAUGUAAGUUUAUCAGAAAUGCUCAGAAUAAACUGUGGAGGAUCCAAUAAUACAGCGGAAAAAAGGCAUACGGAUGGAAGCGCAUUAAAGAGCUCUACAGAGGAAGGGAUACUCAAAAAUUACUUAAAGGGUAAUCACAUAAAAGAGAAGAAUUUUGCAAACGGAGGAGAAGACACUCGGGAGGAGGGUAGAGAAAAUUGCAUCGAAAGUGAAAUCGACGAGAAGAAAAAAAAAUCGCUCAUUGAAAAGCGGCGAAUGGAAGGAAACUCCGCAAAAAAUGACCACGCUGCUGUAGAUGAGGCCAAAAUGCGAAAAAUCGACAAAGUGUUGGAUCUUUUAAAAAACCACAGGAACACCUAUUAUAAGGUUAAUGAGAGGGUACUACAAAGGGAGCGUCUGUACAACAUCAUGAGCUGCGCUUCGGAGGAGGACGCAACAGGUGGAAUUUCAAACGGAAUUGCAUGUGGAAACAACGAGGAAUAUUCCUCGGAUACAAAGACCAAACAUGAAAAAAUUGCAAACUACCUAGUGGAAUACAUAGGGAGAAUCCACCUGGAUGUAAAAAUAAAUCACCAAAAAAACGCACAUAUGUUUAUUAAAAAGGAAAAGAAUUUUUAUCAAGUACAAAAAAUAAUUCUUAGAAAUGGCAUAAUUAGCAGUUGCUGUAUUCGUGAUACAUGCAACUUCCUGAUUGGUCAAUUGGUUAACAGGAAAGGAGGACGAGAGAGAUGCAAGCUGUGCUACGUUGUUUCCUUCUGGGGGGAAUGUAGCACCUUUAUCCAUUUCGAUAAGCCCUCGCAGGAGAUAUGCAGCCAAACGUGCAUCCACCUUUUUUUUUUUUGUUCUCCUGAGACGAUAUACAUAACGAUGUUGAAUACCCAAGACCGGGUGUUCUGA